GAGCGUGUAUCGUUCCAUCCCUUCCUUCCUCACCGUGCGUACCUUCGACAGCUUCAGUCCGCGGGGAAGCUUCGAGCUGUGUAAGCAAGGCAUAACUACAUACCUGCCUCCUUCCCCAAGAUUGGGCGCGUGGAUAAAAUAUGCUUGGGCGGUUCGCACGCGCAGACAAGCCCGUCGUCAUGGUCGGGUUAUGCACCCAAUGGCACAAAAGGGUUGGGUCGGUAAGGUUCAUAGGGGGUCGGUAGAUGGACGUGGUUAUGGGCGGUAUACAUGGAUUCUGCACUGUGCAGCUGCAGCUGGAUGGAGAAAUCCAUCUUCCUUCGGUGCUAUGAUUUGCUCCCCAGCGCCAUCACGACAAGAACAGCAGAUGUGCAGCUGACUUCUCCCACUGACUUUCUUCCUCCCCUCUCUUUGGUGGCCACUGUGCGUGCUCUGAGGAGGAGUGCAGGUUUGUGCAUCCAAGGCGGCCAGUGUUGUGCAAGAGGGUGUAUGCACAGCAUAUCCAGCAUGACACUGACACUCCUCUUACGUGCAGGAUGGGCAGAGGAUGAGGCGAGGGGGAUCCUCUUGUGUACAGCGUCAUAUGUACGGCGGUGGGACAUGAUGUGUUUUCCGUGCAUUGGUCGGUGGUGGUUUUGCACUUUUUUUUUCUACUCUUGCCCCCAGGUUUGCCCAGAGAGUUCGGCGGCGUGCAGGGCGCCCCGGUUUGUUCUCUUGCAUAGUAGUUGGGCGUCGAUGCUGCAGUAGAAAAGAAGGUGAAGCCCCGGGAAGAGUAGGAUGUUGUUGACUUUUGACUCUGACGGACGUUGUUGCGCUGUAACAGUUUGUGUGUACAGUACAGUACAAUUUUGUUGUGUGCGCACAGUUACUGCCAGUACUAUCACGACAAUCACUACCACGGCCUCAUUUACAUCAUAACCUUCCUUUGCACUCCUCAUUCUUCACCCUUCACCGUCCACUCCUUACUCUUCACUCUGUACAAUACGAUUUGUACAGUACGGCAUCACGGACAUCAUCACGACAUCUUCGUCUGCCUGUCCCUUACUUCGUACACUUGUCUUUGUCCUUACCUGCUCCUCCGUUCCGCCGUCUUACAGUCUGUACAAUACAAUACUGUCUUGAUCAUCUCGUCUGUACUCAUCAUCAUCGUCUGUACGACUAUUUUUGGGAUUUACUUUGCAUCACGACGAUCCCGCGAUGAUCCAAGUUAUGAUCCAACAAUAGAAUCCCCGACAACCAAGCUCCGGCUUCAGCUUCAGCUCUCAGCCACACAAACGGCCCAGGGAAGGGAUAGUUAGCAGCAACCACCACGAACAACGACAACCACCAAUAACGACCAGAAAACUACCAGAAAACGACAGAAAACGAGAAGAAAACUACCAGAAAAUCACUGCGAUUCCUGCGAUUGCUGCAAACAACCCCAGUACCUCCUUACUUCCACCAUUGGCGCAAGGCGUUUUCCCCAAGGAUCGAUCGACACAACCAUCCCAUUCAUCAGCUCGAAACAAAAUACCCUCAGAUCUUGUUUUAAAAGAAAAACCCGAAUUGAUCCAAUACAUCACCCCCCAUCCUCUCACCCGCUCUCCCUCCCUUCUCACCCCGCCAAAUGUUUGAGUGCAGUCUCGUGGCCAUGAAGCGCUGAAACACGUCUGGAACACCACCAACCGCCACUACUAAGAUACGACGCAACUCGAUUUAUCUACCCCCGUCAAAAGAAAGCUAUAUUAUAUAUCAUACGCGGCCUCACUCGUGGCCAUGGAAUUGUGAACAAAAAAAAAGAGAAAUCAAUCUAUCUCGAAAUACAAUAAUACCCCUCUAUCGAAUUCUGCCGCUGCGUGAGACAGGUCGCAUUGAUCAGCUCUCACAUUUUCUCUUCCCGUCACGUCAGGUCUCACUCAUUCUGAGUAACUCAUUUAUCAUCCUGAAUCAAUACAAAAAAUGGCUCCCAGAUACCAACACUCACAGUCCAUCGACGCCAUCAUCGAGUCUCCCGACGAGGACCUUGCUGGGUCCAGGGGUGCGUCGCGCACGAUAAGUGAUAAGAAGCAGCGCCGAGAUGGCAACCCCUCUCCCACAACCACAACGUCAGCAGCACAUUCCAAAGAGAAAUCGAGGAAAUCGCAUCGCUCAUCAUUCAGCAGCAGCAGCAGCAAACAUGUUUCGAAAAGUAGCAAACCAAAAGCCAAUUCGGCGAAGCGGUACGCGCCGGCGCAUGGUGAGGAGUCGUCGCAGAGUUUAGUGCGGCAGCAUCCGCGACAUGCUAGGAGGGAUGCGGAUAGCGAUUCUUCUUCUUCGGAGGAGGAUGAGGAGGAGGAGGAGGAGGAAGAACCAAAGGAUUAUAGAUCGGUGUUGGCUGCUGCGAGGGGACGGUUGACGUCUCCUUCGCUUCUGUCGACGAUGACGUCUCUCACGACUGCGACGAAUAAUUCGGGCGGAUCGAGUGGGAGUAACUCGACUAUCACGCAGGCGUCGAUGUCGCGCACUGAGACUGUGCAGGAGGUUACUAUUUCGGGGACUACUGAGGAGCCAGAGGAGGGUCCAUUAUCACCUGCUGCACCCGACCCACCAAACGUCUUCGCAUACCUCGACGAAGACUCCUCCAGCUCCGAUGAGGACGAGGAAGAAGACGAAGACUCGGACUCAGAUUCCGACAUAGACGAAAACGAGAACGACGAGACCAUCCAAUACGCACCCCACGCCCCAUCACCCGCACCUCACCCCAACGACUCAGAAACCCCCGACUCUCACUCCGACGACGACGACUCCCACCCCUCCCAACCCCGUCCUCAAACCACCUGGCUGCACCCCCUCUCCCCCACCUCCUCCGCCGACGACGCCACCCCUAUGGCUCCAACCUUCUCCUCCUCGCACGCCCGCACACCCUCCCUGUCCUCCGCAUCCUCUUUCACGGCGUCUGAUACCUCGUCCCGCGCCGACGUCGACAUGGAUACAGAUCGGAGUACGAGUCCUGAGCAAUCCGUCAAAGGGUCUCCCUCGCCGACGCCGCGACUGCUCUUAUCCCGACCCCCCACAGGCGCACAACCUCUCGCGUCGCCAACGGAGGCGAAAUUAGCAGCACAAAUGAGAGCAGCGCAAAUGCGACAAGACUUCCACUCCACGCCCGGGGGAUACCACCAGCACCCCCGUCAUCAAAACCAGCACACUCCCCCACCCCUCUCGCUGCACCCUCAUCCCCACCAAGACAUGCAGGCCCUAUCUCCCCGCUUACCGCCACCAAGCGGAUACGACGCCCUCGCUACGCACUUAACCACCUCUCCGCCGGUGUACAGGCGUUUCGCGACGCUGAAUCAUAGGUUGUUGUUACACAUGCAAGAUGAGCUCUGCGAGUUAGAAUCGCAUCUCUCCGCCCUCGACGCCGCGGACGCUGCGUCGCGCACUUUAGCACUACCGCCUACGCCGUCCUCCGCCGUUGCUAGAUCACCUGGUGGUCGGAGGUCUCGCAGGAACGAGGAGAACAGAGAAAGGGGGUUGAAAACGCACACCCACCCCUCCUCCCGGCGCGCGGCGGCCCAGCAGCCCUCGCAAUUAGACCACCACCGCGCCGACCUGCUCGCGCGGGUUAGUUACAAAAUGGCGCAGUAUAAUGCGUCUCUCACCUCCUUUGCUAAAACCUCCCGUCUUCCCGCGGCUGAGAGUAAGGAUGUUGAAGCUUACCGCGCGUUUUUGGCGAAUACACAGCCGGUUGUGUGGGAGGAGGCGAGGUUCCUCGAGAGGGGGGGGGAUUUGAUAUCUCUCGCCCCCCCGCCUCCACCUCCUGCGCCGGUUGCCGCGCCGGUGGUAGCACCAGUGGAGAGUGUACAGCGUACCCUCACCCCUCCUCCACCUACGCACUACCAACACCAGCAACAAACGCAGCCACACACCCAACGCGCGCUCCUCCUCGCGGCGCUCGCCUCGAUCCUGCUCCCUGUGCUUAUGUUCACCGUGGUCCCUAACUUCGUGGGACGUAUUGCUGUCGCGGUGUUGGUGGCGGGGAUGUUGUGGGGGAUGGUUAGUGCGCAGGGCGGGGGGUUGAGGGGGAUUGUUGGGGGAGGGGGAGGGUGGGGGUUGGUUUGGGGGUGGGGGGCGGGGAUAUUGGUUGCUGCUGUUGUUGUUUGA